UUGUAUAAAGCUCCGCUGGACUCUUCUGUAGUGAUCCCAUUAUCAACCCCAUCCAACUGGGCAGUCAGCAUCGUAUUGUCUCCUAGAGACGCAAACAGUUGAGUACCUUUGGGGAAGCCCACCCCCGAGUGGCCACCAUGGGGGACGAUAGCGAAUGGAUGAAGCUUCCCAUCGACCAGAAAUGUGAACACAAGGUGUGGAAAGCCCGUCUGAAUGGUUAUGAAGAAGCUUUGAAGUUGUUCCAGAGGAUAGAAGAUGAGAAGAGUCCAGAGUGGGGGAAAUACCUGGGACUGAUAAAGAAGUUUGUCACUGAUUCUAAUGCUGUGGCUCAGCUUAAAGGCCUUGAGGCUGCCCUGGCCUUCGUUGAGAAUGCCCAUGUAGCUGGCAAGACAACAGGGGAGGUGGUGUCCGGCGUUGUGACCAAAGUGUUCAACCAGCCAAAGGCCCGGGCUAAGGAGCUAGGCACAGACAUCUGUCUGAUGUACAUUGAGAUAGAAAAGGGCGAAGUGGUUCAAGAUGAGCUGCUCAAAGGACUGGACAACAAGAACCCCAAGAUAGUUGUCGCCUGCAUCGAGACACUCAGGAAGGCUCUCAGUGAGUUUGGAUCUAAGAUAGUGACAUUGAAGCCAGUAGUGAAGAUUUUAUCCAAGCAGUUUGAGUCCAGAGAGAAGGCGGUGAGAGAUGAAGUCAAGCAGCUGGCUAUAGAGAUCUACAAAUGGAUCAGAGAUGCUCUGAGACCACCACUUCAAAACAUCAACUCUGUACAGCUGAAGGAGCUGGAGGAGGAGUGGGUGAAGCUGCCUACAACUCCUCCCAAGCAGACUAGGUUCCUGCGCUCACAGCAGGACCUGAAGGCAAAGUUUGAACAGCAGCAAGCACAAGGAGGAGACCAGUCUGAUGGAGAUGAUGAGGCGGAAACAGUGACAGCAGUGGAUCCAUAUGAACUGCUGGAAGCUGUGGAGAUUCUGUCCAAGAUGCCCAAAGACUUCUAUGACAAAAUAGAAGCUAAAAAAUGGCAGGAGAGGAAAGAAGCUCUGGAAGCAGUAGAGGCUCUGUCAAAGAACCCCAAACUAGAGAACGGGGACUAUGGAGACCUCGUCAGAGCUCUGAAGAAGGUUGUGGGGAAAGAUGCCAAUGUGAUGCUGGUGGCGCUGGCAGCUAAGUGUCUGGCUGGACUGGCCACUGGCCUCAGGAAGAAGUUUGGAAGCUAUGCAGGACAGGUGGUUCCAACUAUUCUGGAGAAGUUCAAGGAGAAGAAGCCUCAGGUUGUUCAAGCACUGCAGGAGGCUAUCGACGCCAUUUUCCUCACUACCACUCUUCAGAACCUGUCGGAGGACAUCCUGGCUGUGAUGGACAAUAAGAACCCGUCCAUUAAGCAGCAGGCCUCUCUGUUCCUGGCCCGCUCCUUCAGACACUGUACACAGGCCACGCUGCCAAAGAGCGUCCUCAAACCCUUCUGUGCUGCUCUCAUCAAGCAAGUGAACGACUCAGCUCCAGAGGUGCGUGAUGCUGCCUUUGAAGCUUUAGGGACAGCCAUGAAAGUGGUGGGAGAGAAAGCUGUGAACCCUUUCCUGUCUGAUUUGGAUAAACUCAAACUGGAUAAGAUAAAGGAGUCUGCUGAUAAAGUGGAGCUCCCUGGAGGGAAGAAGGGUGCAGGAGGAGGUGGUGGUGGUGGCGGUGGAGCAGGGGGAAAGAAGCCAGCAGCUAAAGCUCCUCCUCCUGCUGAAGCUCCAGCCAAAUCCUCUGCCCCACCCAGGAAGACCCAAAGUGGUGCUGCCAGCAAGCCGUCAGCAGGUCCAUCUAAAAAAGGCAAAGCCACAUCUGCAGCUGGUGGAAAAACCAAGAAGGCCCCAGAGAGUAAAGAAUUCACAGAGAGUGAACUCUCAACUGAGGUGUGUGAGGAGCGUGCAGCAGCUGUACUUCCUGCCUCCUGUAUUCAGCAGCUGGACUCAGCCAACUGGAAGGAGAGACUGGCCAGUAUGGAGGAGUUCCAGAGGGCUGUUGAGACCAUGGAUAAGACGGAGAUGCCCUGCCAGGCCUUAGUCAGGAUGUUGGCCAAGAAACCAGGCUGGAAGGAGACCAACUUUCAGGUGAUGCAGAUGAAGCUGCACAUCGUGGCUCUUAUAGCUCAGAGAGGACAGUUUUCAAAGACGUCAGCCUCUGUGGUUUUGGACGGCUUAGUGGAUAAAGUCGGAGAUGUCAAAUGUGGCGGAAACGCCAAAGAGGGAUUGACUGGUAUUGCAGAGGCUUGCUCACUGCCAUGGACUGCAGAACAGGUUGUGUCCAUGGCAUUUGCACAGAAGAACCCUAAAAACCAGGCAGAGACUCUCAACUGGCUGGCUAAUGCAAUGAAGGAGUUCGGCUUUGCUGGUAUCAAUGUGAAGGGUUUCAUCAACAAUGUGAAGACAGCUCUGGGAGCAACUAACCCGGCUGUUCGCACGGCUGCCAUCACCCUGCUGGGAGUCAUGUACCUCUACAUGGGAGCUCCUCUGCGCAUGUUCUUUGAAGACGAGAAGCCUGCUCUCCUCGCACAGAUAGAUGCAGAGUUUGAGAAGAUGCAGGGCCAGUCUCCACCGGCUCCAUGCAAAUUCACAAAGAAAGCAGCAGCAGCAGCGGCAGAUGAGGAGGGUGAUGAUGGUGAGGAGCAGGAAGAAGAUGGAGGAGGACAGGACAUCAUGGACCUACUGCCCAGAACAGAUAUCAGUGACAAGAUCUCGUCUGAUCUCGUGGCUAAAAUUGGGGAUAAGAACUGGAAGAUAAGGAAGGAGGGUCUGGAUGAGACUGCCGCUAUCAUCUCAGAUGCCAAGUUCAUCACAGCCAACAUUGGAGACCUGCCUCUGGCCCUGAAAGGACGACUCAGCGAUUCCAACAAGAUCCUGGUCCAGCAGACCCUGACUAUCCUGCAGCAGCUGGCUACAGCCAUGGGACCUGGACUCAAGCAGCACAUUAAAGCACUGGGAAUUCCUGUUAUUACUGUACUGGGAGACAGCAAGCCAAAUGUCAGGGCAGCUGCCAUGACCACUCUGCAGGCCUGGGUGGAGCAGACUGGGAUGAAGGAGUGGCUGGAAGGAGAAGACCUGUCAGAGGAGCUGAAAAGAGAGAAUCCCUUCCUUCGACAGGAGGUGCUCAGCUGGUUAGCGGAGAAGCUGCCCACCCUGAGGACAGUACCUGGGGACCUGAUGCUGUGUGUCCCUCAGCUCUACGCCUGCCUGGAGGACAGAAAUGGAGAUGUGAGGAAGAAAGCUCAGGAUGCCCUGCCUACCUUCAUGAUGCACCUGGGCUAUGACAAGAUGGAAAAGGCUACUGGGAAACUCAAAUCUGCAUCUAAGGAUCAGGUGUUAGCCAUGUUGGAAAAGGCCAGAGCAGUGAUGCCGGCUAAACCUGCUGCUCCUGCUAAAGCUGGAGGGGGAAAAGGCUCUGCAGAGCAGGGCAGAGCUGCUUCAGCCUCCAGGCAGCCAGCUGUUGAGGACUUUGUUGACAGUAAACCUGAAGCUAAGAAGGUCCGAGGAGGAGCAGCCGGAAAGAAGCCUCCCUCCCCUCCCGAGGAACCCGUCCCUCCCCCUUCCUCCAAGGACAAGGACAGUAAUGCUAGUAAAAAGCCUGCAGGCAAAGGAAAGGCUGCAGCUAGCAGUCAACAGGGUGCAGCUGGUAAGAAGCCUGCAGCCAAAGGUGUGAAGGAUGAUGAAGACAGGUCCGGGCCAAUCUUCAUUCUCAUCCCCAAUGCUAAGGAACAGAGGAUCAAAGAGGAGAAGCAACUGAAGAUCUUGAAAUGGAACUUCAUCACUCCUCGAGAUGAAUAUGUUGAGCAGCUGAAAACUCAGAUGUCCACCUGCUUUGCGAAGUGGCUGCAGGAUGAGCUCUUUCACUUUGACUUUCAGAGACACGUCAAGGCUAUAGGAGUCAUGAUUGAGAGGUUGGAAAGUGAGAGCGACGCCACCAUCAGCUGUCUGGACCUGAUUCUGAAGUGGUUCACCCUCCGCUUCUUUGACACCAACACCACAGUCCUGAUGAAGGUGCUGGAGUAUCUUAAGCUGCUGUUUGCCAUGCUGAACAGAGAGGACUACCACCUGACUGAGUACGAGGCCAACUCCUUUGUCCCCUACCUCAUACUCAAGGUCGGAGAGUCAAAGGAUGUGGUCCGCAAAGAUGUUCGGGCAAUACUGGCCAUGCUGUGUAAGGUUUACCCAGCAUCCAAGGUCUUCCCUUUCCUUAUGGAUGGAACUAAGUCCAAGAACUCCAAACAGAGAGCUGAAUGUCUGGAGGAGCUGGGUUGUUUGAUAGAGGGUUAUGGGAUGAAUGUAUGCCAGCCGACUCCAGCCAAGUCUCUGAAGGAGAUUGCUGUUCACAUCGGUGACAGAGACACAUCUGUCCGCAAUGCUGCCCUGAACACUGUCGUGGCUGUCUACAAUGUCUGUGGGGACCAGGUCUACAAACUAAUAGGAAAUUUGUCGGAGAAAGACAUGAGCAUGCUGGAGGAGAGAAUCAAGCGUUCAGCCAAGAAGACGGCUGCAGCUCCUCCCAAACCGACUGCGACCGAGAGGUCUCAGAGAGAGCACCCUACUAACCCUAAUGCCACCUUCCUCCGCAAGCCUGCACAGGAAGACCCCAACAAACUCAACAGAAUAAUGUAUCGCACGUAUAGGAUCCAAGCCCGUCAGAACGCCCAGCACAGCGAGUCCUCUCACCCGUCCAUCCCCAAGGAGUUCCAGUUGGACCUGGACAUGAUCGAAAUGGACCAGAGCAGAGUGUGUGAGCUGCCCGACCUCGUCCAACACAAACUGGAUGAGCUGCUGGAGCCCAUCAUGAUCCCUGAACCAAAGAUGCGGUCUGUCUCUCCACACUUUGAUGACCUUCACAACAACACGGCCUCCACCAUCAACUUUGUCAUCUCUCAGGUGGCUAGCGGUGACAUUAACAACAGCAUACAGGCACUGGCACAGAUCGAUGAGGUGUUGCGGCAGGAGGACAAGGCAGAGGUCAUGUCAGGACACAUUGAUCAGUUCCUCAUCGCAACCUUCAUGCAGCUGAGGCUCAUUUACAGCACGCACAUGGCUGAUGACCGGCUGGACAAGAAGGACCUCAUCAAGCUGUACAGCUGUAUCAUAGGAAACAUGCUAUCUUUGUUCUCUAUGGAGGCCUUGGCCAGAGAGGCAUCCAUGGGUGUGUUGAAGGACCUGAUGCACGGGUUGAUAACACUGUUGCUGGAUGACAGAGUGGAGGACAUAGAGGAUGGACAGCAGGUCAUCAGAUCAGUCAACCUGCUGGUGACCAGAGUUCUGGAGAAGUCUGACCAAACCAACAUGAUCAGUGCUCUGCUGGUUUUGCUUCAGGACACGUUAGUCACGACAGCCCCUCCAAUGUUCUCUGAGCUGGUCAUGAAGUGUCUGUGGAGGAUGAUCCGUUUUCUCCCAGAGACCAUCAACAGCAUCAACCUGGAUCGGAUCCUUCUGGACGUACACAACUUCAUGAAGGUUUUCCCCAAAGAGAAGCUCAAGCAGCUCAAGAGCGAUGUUCCACACAGAACCCUCAAGACUCUGUUACACACACUCUGCAAGCUCACGGGGGCCAAGAUCCUGGACCACCUAUCAAUGAUAGAGAAUCGUAAUGAGUCAGAGUUGGAGGCUCACCUGAGGCGGGUGGUCAAACACUCUGGAAACCUAUCAGGACUGAAGAGUGACCGUGGCAACGAGAAGGGUGGUCUGCGUACGGACGAUCGGAUGUCAAAGGCAAAGGUCAGUGACAUUCUGUCUGAAAUCUUCAAGAAGAUCGGCUCCAAGGAGAACACUAAAGAGGGCUUGACGGAGUUGUACGAGUACAAACAGAAGUACUCGGAUGCAGAUCUGGAGCCUUUCCUUAAAAACACAUCCCAGUUCUUCCAGAGCUACGUGGAGCGAGGCCUUCGUAUGAUUGAGUCUGAGAGAGAGGGCAAAGCUCGCAUCCAGACCUCAGCAGUGAUCCCUCAGCAUGGCGUGGACUUCAGUCUGAGCAGUAACAAUGAGGAGCUGAAACCAGCUGUUUACUACGAGAGACUCAAGAUCCUCCGACAGAGACAAGGCCUGGAAAACACUUCCAGGAGUGUUGGAGGGGAUGACGAGCCUCAACAACGACCUCCCAUUUCCUCCCUGCUGUCCUCGAAGCCGUCGGUGGCCUCCUCCACCGACAUGCUCCACAGUAAGCUGUCUCAGCUCAAAGAGUCCCGAGAGCUGUACCAGCAGGAACACAACGCACACUCCCAUUCCCCGACGCACGCACACACCCGCUCGGCCUCACCGGCGGCCAACCUGGACGACCUGAAGAAACGUCUGGAGAGGAUAAAGAGCAACCGGCAGUGAGGAGCGCUGCGCCACCACCUCAUCUCAUCCGCAAAGCCUGUGGAGUUCAGCUGGUAGUAGAAAAUAAAACAUCCCUCUUUUUAACUUGUUCAGUGUUUAUAUUCAUGUUCUGGUGGAUGGAAGUAGAAAGCACUUGGACACUAGAGCUCCGCCCCCUCCAUUGACAAACCAGGUAGCAGCAGACAAAACACACCCUCAAGUUUGAACCUGACUCCACCCACUGUGCCUGUAAGUUAGUAGACAUCAAACGCACCCUAAUCUGAUUGUAGUUGAGUACAUUCAGAUUGAACAGAGGCUGUGACUGACCUCCACAUAAACACACCGCAGAAACCAUCUAAGUGUUUUAGCUACUAUUCAAACUUACCAGAAAGACAUUUUAUGAAAAGCUGAAGCCUGAGUCUAGGAGUGAGCUUUGAUGUAGUGUGUACAGGAUCACAUAAUCAGCUAACAUCUCAGUCUGUACAGUUUCAUCUUGACAAACAAACAUCCUCCUGUUCUGUCCUGUCCAGUCCUGUCCUGUCCUGUCCUCUCCCAGCCUUCUCUUUCAGGGUGUCCCCCACCCUCCACUCUCCUAUGUCCACUUUUUACUGUAUUAUGAUAAGAAACUGAACUCACCCACCUCCUCCUCUCUGUUUCAGUAUCACGGCACAAUAUGUUGUACAUAUUUAAAGGUCGUUAACCACUUAACUGUAAUUAAGUGCUUCUCAUGUUUCAGGACAAAACAAAGUCAUAAAAUGUUGUUUGUUCCUGUUCUACCAUAAUGUACAACAUCACUGCUGCUGCGUUUGGGUGGAGAAACACUUGUAAAGAGCUCAUGUUGUAGCUGUGUAAAUGCAGCGUGUGAGUGCCCCCUUGUGGCCAAACACUGUCACUGUAAUUCUCAGCUCAAGCCCCGUUUGCACUGGGAGCAUCUAAUGGUUUGCAGAAAGCUCAUAUUUGCUAUGUCUGCAUCAUUAGUAUGAAAAUUCCAAAUCAGCGUUGUUUAGUAGCAAUGCUGAUAGUUGACACCUUUCAAAAUAGCACGGUGUAAAAAUGGCUUGAAGCUCCAGCACUUCAACAGAGUGUCUGAUUUCUGUCAAUGUCAGACACUUAAGCUGCCACAAAAUGAGUUGAACUGCAUUCACACAGUGACAUCAAGCCCUCUGAACCCCAUCAGGGUCAGAAAAAAGACAAACUGACAAAAGCCACAGCUGUAUAGCAGGUGUUGAAGGAAGUUCUUUAUGUGUUUUAUCCUGGUGUUUGAACAGGGAGUCUGUCUUGUUUUGUUCUGAAAGCAUUUCAUGGUCCUCUGUUUAAAGUCAGUGGUUUUUAGUAUUCAAAUUUUUAAGGGCCAAAAGUUUUCAGAUUUUUCCUCCCAGCAGAACUCUUAAGAUCAACUGUAGUGUUUGGUUGGGAUCAAAACCUGCAGACUUGGCACAGGGUGAAAAACUACUGCUUUUAUUCUGGAGAAGUGGCACAAUUUAGCACCACCUGCUGUUGCUUUUCAGCCAGUUGGGACUGAGCUGCUUCAUUGAGGAGGACCAAGCAGAGCUGUAUACAGGUGUGUUUAAGUUGUGUGUUGGACUGUCCUGUGGGUUGACAUUUGGCUGUAAAUACUGUAUUUAAUGUCCUCCACUAACACCUCCCUUCAGUUAUUUAACAGCAGCCACUCUGUUGUGAUUGUAGGCUUAAAGAGUACGGCAUGAAGUCAGUGAUUGCUUUUAUUUUCUCAUGUAAAUAAAGUUUGCAUUAACAAAACUGCUGUGUAAUUAAGUCAUUGUUUUUCUGACGACGGCAAUGAUGAGGAUUGCCCCGUCAGAAAGAAAGAAACACAAAUAACAUUGUUUUUGUAUUUAAUUUGAAUGUCAGUACUAGUCUUACAUUGUUACUCUCCAGCUUUCCUUGUAUAAUCCAUAGUGGGAAAAAUGGCAAUAAAGUCUUGUUUUUUUUUAACAA